CCCAUCCUCUUCUCCCCCAAUUUGCUCUCCCGAAUGCAAAAUCCGUAAUUCUCUCAAUCCAAAAAGUGUUUCGCUUUUGAAUUCUCUCAUUCUCUCUCUCUCUGGGGAUGGAGAUGGAGGGUUCAUCGGCGACGGCUGCGGCGAAAUCCGAACGGCGGGAUAUAGCAGUGAGAGGAGAAGACAAACUGAUAUUGAGAGGGCUGAAGUUUUACGGGUACCAUGGAGCGAUUCCCGAAGAGAGAACGUUAGGGCAGAUGUUUAUGCUCGACAUAGACGCCUGGACGAGUCUCCGAAAGGCCGGUGAAUCCGAUAGCCUGACAGAUACAAUCAGUUACGUCGACAUCUACAGCAUAGCUAAGGAAGUGGUGGAAGGGACACCGAAGAACCUACUGGAGGCGGUUGCAGAACUGAUCGCAACGAAAACACUGAAAGCAUUCCCUCCGAUAACGGCUGUCCGAGUGAAGCUAUGGAAGCCGAAUGUCGCUCUUGUUCAGGGCCACAUCGAUUUCCUCGGCGUCGAGAUUGUCAGAUACCGACCCACUUCUGAUUCGUAAGUAACUGAAAAUCCUCCAUUGAAAGCCGGUUCGUAUGGUAUACGUACCCAUCUGCUCCAACAUUGGACUUGCCCAAUGACAUGUUAGUUUUAGCUGGUAAAUCUCUUCAUAUUUGGAUAUGUUUCAUUUCAGUUUGGUUUUAGGGAGAAAUUAACAUCCGAAUAAAAAAAUAUAUAAAUUCAGUUCAAACCCA